AUGGCGAACAUGGUCUUGACCUGUCUGGGCGACAGGUCGGAGAUGGCGCACAGUACCGAGGCGCGUUUCUCGUUCCUGGACCACGAGCUGGCGGAGUACGUCAAUGGGCUUCCGCCGGGCGUCAAGAUGAGCUAUAGUAAGCCCGAGGAUUCCAUAGGAACCAAUAACGACGAGAAAGAGAAGAGAAAGAAAGUAGCGCCUCAGAGCUUCUUCUGGGUGAACAUGGCCGCCGUCCGAGAUCGCAUCAUUGACAAGAAGGUCCUGCGGGAGGCGGGGCGGCCGUUCAUCACGGACGAGAUCUACAACCGCAAGAAGCACCCAUACUCGUCCCCAUGGAAGUGGCCCGUGGGAGGGCCGGUACAGCGAAUAUUUAGGGGGUUUCUGACGAAAGACGCGGUCGAAUGCCUUGGCUUUGUCGACUUUGGGAGCAUAUCACGGUGUCUUGAGACUGCAUCUGGUGAAAGCGGUGACCCCGCAGCGUUCAGGAAGAUACUUGUCGUCGGUGCCUGGGUGGUUUUGAGUCAGAAAUUUGGCGUGAAACGGGCCAGAUCUCAGAGAUAG